AUGGCCGUGCUGGUGGCGGCGGCGACGGCGCAGGAGUCCUCGGCGGAGACGGCGCUGGACGUGGCCCAGGAGGUGUACGACGACUGCCUGCAGCGCGGCUCGCUGACCUGCGUCCGGCCGCGCGUGCUCGCCUUCCUGGCCGCCGCCAAGCAGCGCGACGACAAGGCCAUCCGCAUCACCCGCGACCUGGCCAUCGUGCCCAGCGGCGACAGCAACGCCCUGGACGCCGAGGACCUCCAGGACGCCGUCCAGGACGACGCCGUCGUCGGCGACCGCCACGACUCCCUCCGCCAGCUGCUGCUGCAGCGCGUGGACGCCGUGCAGCGCUUCCUGGUGCAGCACGACGUGCGCAUGGCCGUGCCGCGCGAGCUGGCCGACGUCGUGCCCGCCGCCGUGCGCGCUGCCCUGCCCGCCGAGCUGCGCCUGCCCCUGGACCCCGACCGCGAGGACGGCGCCCGCCACCGAAAGAGACGCGGCUUCCUGAAGAAGGUGGUGCUCCCCUUCAUCCUGGGCCUCAAGUUCAAGACCACGGUGCUGAUCCCGCUCGCCCUGUCCCUCAUCGCGCUCAAGACGUGGAAGGCCCUCACCCUGGGGCUGCUGUCCCUGGUGCUGUCCGGCGCCAUGGUCAUCUUCCGCUUCACCAAGCCCAAGGUGGUGAACUACGACGUGUACCACUACCCGCAGCACGGCCACCACGACCACCACGUCGACCACCACGUGGACCACCACGCCGGCUACGAGCACGCCCACUACGACCACUACGCGGCCGCGCGGUCAGCGCGGUCGGCCGCCGACCUGGCGUACAGCGCGCACCAGCCCUGA